AUGACACGGCUGGAUGUGGGUGAGACCGGUGCAGCCCUGUCACGCCCACAGCGCCCCCUUUCGGCCCGGACGGCCCACCACGCCCCGGCGCCUGUGAAAGGGUACCAUGUCAGCCGUAGCAUGUCCCAGCAUUCCUCCGGUGGUGGCGGAGGAGGCCCCUGCCACUGCACGCCUGAGGCCUGUGACGGCCCGGCCAGAGAAUACUACCAGGGUCACAGCGAUGGCCACUAUUACCCUCCAGGAGGUCCGGCUGAGGCCCUGGCGCUGGAGAGGCACCAUUCCCACUCCCACUCCCAUAGCCACUCUGGAGGGGGAACCUUCCCCCGCUCCCACCCCAACCAGCACCCAUCUCUCCAGUCGUUUGACUCUUGCGAAGAGUGCCUGUCCUCAGGCCACGGUGGGAAGAUGCACCGCAUUCCCCCGAACCUGAUUGACCAGUUUGAGAAGCAGGUGCCCUUUCAUCCUGAUGGCUUCCACACGCUGCAGUACCAGCGCACCGCUAGUGGGGGUGCUGAGCCGCGCAGCGAGAGCCCCUCGCGUAUCCGCCACCUGGUCAACUCUGUGCAGCGCCUCUUCGCCAAGUCCCAUUCCCUGGAGGCACCGACCAAACGGGAGUACAAUGGCACAAGAGGAGGCGGGGACUACCGUGGCGAGAGAGGAGGAGGCCACAGGAGUGGAGGGGAGGACGGCGGAGGCCACUAUUCAGGUCACCAGCCUCGCUCUACCAGGAGGAGCAAGUCUCGAGAGCGAAGCAAGAGCGGAGACUCGCGGCACGAGUCGGGCAGGCGCCACCGCAGCAGGACGGCAGGCUGGUGGAGCUCUGACGACAACCUGGACAGCGACAGCAGCUUCCUGGUCAGCGGGGGCAGACGGGGGUAUCCCAGCGGACAUGAGAGCCUGGAUGCAGCCAUCCAGGAGCUCACCAUGAAGAGGCCCAAGGAGCGUAGACCUGGGGAGUGCAUGGCCUGCACCACAAUGGCUCUGGCCGGGAGUGAAGGAGGGGGGCACCACGGGCACCACGGCCACUCCCUGAAGAGGAGCACCUGGUCAGCCAUGACAGUGAGUCAGGCCAGAGAGGUGUACCCUUCCGCCAGGGGAGGAGGCUACGAGAAAGCCCUCGUGCCCCUGGAGAGUAAGCUGAAGGAAAGGACCUUCCACUACCUGCAGGUCCCUUCAGAAGACUGGGGAGGUGGAUAUGGCGGUGGGGGUGCAACAGACAUCGGAGGGGAGAUUCCGUGCCGUCGUAUGCGGAGCGGCAGCUACAUCAAGGCCAUGGGUGAUGAUGACAGUGGUGACUCAGACACCAGCCCAAAAGCCUCGCCCAAGUCCACCCUGAUCGCCCAGAGGGAAGCCUUUAGACGAUCUAUCAGCAUGGAUCAAAGGUACUCGUGUAAGCAGUGUACAGACUCCUACCCCAACAGCCGAACUACACCCAAAACCCAAACUCGCUCUCGUAGUUACACCCGCUCUCUGACCAGCUCACAGCUGGGAGACACCUUAAACCGUCAGUUCGAGGCGGUGUGUGAGACCAUGUUUGGCGAAGUGGAGUCUCAAGCCGUCGAGGCCUUGGACCUUCCAGGUGUUUUCCGCACUCGCAGCCACAGCUACGUCCGUGCCAUCCAGGCCGGCUGUUCCCAGGACGACGACUGCCUCUCUGUCUUCUCCAUGUCGGGCCCCCAGGGAAGCGUCAAGGCUGGGGCCGUCUUUCCUUAUCGUAAAGGUGCUCCUCCCCCACUUCCACCUCGCAUGUCCAAGUCUUCGCUCUCGGUGCGAGCCCAGAGCAGCACCGAGUCCACCCAGGAUGCCUACUUCCAGAGCAGCGGACAGUUGGCCUCAAGCGCAGGCCCCGGGCGCCCCAAGCAGCACAGCAACUCCGUGGACCUGGGCAGCUCUGACGGCCCCUCGGGUCGCUCCUCCAGAGGAGGCUACUACACCGCCACAGGCCCUGGACGCUUCCAGCAGCACAGUAACUCGGCAGAGAGCCUUGAUGGGGUCAGGGGCUCGCGGGAGCUGGUGCCCUACGGAGUGGGUCCGGGAUUUGGAGUGAGGGCCAAACACAGCAGCUCGGCUGACAGUCUGCUGGAAGGGCCACCAAGGCCGGCCAGGGAGAGGGACGGCAGGGUCGGGGUCAGCCUGGGGAAGUCAGUCUCUCUGCCUCAGAACAGCAUAGUGCUGUGUAAAGGUGGGGGGCAGGACGAAGGACGUGGUGGGAGAAAGUGGAGGCCUUCCAUAGCUGUACAGGUGGACAGCUCAGAGACUCUGUCAGAUUCAGACGCAGAGGGCAAAGCUCUUACAGAGGUCCACUCUAUAGGAGUCCAAGUGGAAGAUGACAAAAGGCGGGCUCGUUUCAAGCGCUCCAACAGCGUGACCGCAAGCGUGCAGGCCGACCUGGACCCCGAGGGCUUCCCCGGGCUCAGCAUCGCCGUGCCAACGCAGGACAAGAGUCUCCAGUUCGGCUGUUCCUUCCAAAGGCACUCGUCAGAGCCGGAGUCAGCUAGCCAGUUCGCAGAUUGCCACCGCACCGUCCACACACAGGGACAAUGGGCCUACAGAGAGGACUUUCUCCAGAGUGGCUAUACCACUGAGGCCUGCCCAGGGGACCCACGGCCCCACCAGCACCCACACCUGCCUCCACGUUCCCACUCCCCUCUGCCCAUCACCUCUGAGCGAGCUUGGGCGGGGACGCCAUCCCUGGAGGGCCCCCGGAGCCUGCCCGACUCGGGCCGAGCCUCGCCCUGCAUGAGAGACGGAGAGUUCUUCUUACGCCUCCUACAGACAGAGGUGGAGAGGAUGGAGGGCUGGUGCCAGAACAUGGAGAGAGAGGCAGAGGAGAAUGAACUGCCAGAGGAGAUUCUUGAGCUGAUACGAAACGCAGUUGGCAGUGCCCAGAUGCUCUUGUCUCAGAAAGUCCAGCAGUUCUUCCGCCUCUGCCAACAAAGUGUGGACCCAUCAGCAUACCCACAGCCCACCUCUCAGGACCUGGCAGGCUUCUGGGACCUGCUCCAGCUCAACAUAGAGGAUGUCAGGGUGAAGUUUCAGGACCUCCAGAGGCUCAAGGACUCUGGUUGGAGGCUUCCACCUGAAAAGAAGGAGGAUAAGAAGCUUCCUCCUCCCUUACCAAAGAAGCCAGCAGGAGGGGUGAGUGGCAGCCUCAGGGCCGAUAGUGUCGGGGAUGGGGGCGCCGGAGGUGGGUCGGGGGGCCUGGUGGUACCUCGCAUUGGCGGACAUACCCUACCCAUCAGGGAGAAGUCCCUGGACCUCGGGGACCGUCAGAGGACAGAAACGAGGAGGAGGCUGCUGCAGACCAAGCGUACUGCCUCCUUCAGGCAGAACUCGGCGACAGAGAGCGCAGACAGCAUCGAGAUCUACAUCCCAGAAGCCCAGACUCGACUCUGAACACAAGACUGAAGUGUGUCCCCACCCACCUCCUCACUCAACCUCAGCCCUGCGAAGCUGACCUGCACACCAAUCUCAGUCUUUCUCUGAGCCCAGUUUUGGAUCUACUGUAGGUCAUCGCUGUUUCUCCGCCACCCUCCCUUCAGCAUCUCCAUCACUUCUCUUACUACAAAUUCACUUUUCCUUGACAGCAAUGACAGCCAUUUUAGUGUCUUGAACUAUGGACAUUUUACUGACACAGAGGCCUAGAUCUGAAAUGGUAGCCAGCAGAUAUGAGUUUUAGACUCUUUUUUUUUUUUUUUUUUUUUUUUU